CUCCUCUGCCAGGCAGCCGAGAUCCCCAGGGGCGAAAAGGCUGGUGCAAAGGAGGCAAAGACGGCCAACACCAAGUGGUGGUCAGGCCGCGAGCAAAAACACCCCACAAGGAAUAGCAAGCAGUGCAACCUGACCGGCUGGUGGGAGAAUGAGCUGGGCUCCAGGAUGUACGUGUCCACGGUUGAUGGCGAGGGCAACUUCUCUGGCGAGUACCACACCGCCGUGUCAAGCGCCCAGAAACCCAUCAAGCCAUCCCCCCUUGUCGGCUCCCAGCACUUGGAUGAGGACGGGCAGUGCACCUUUGGCUUCACUGUCAACUGGAAGAAGUUUUCUGACUCCACAGCUGUCUUCGUGGGCCAGUGUUUUGCUGGGGACGAUGGGGAGGAGGUCCUGCAGACCUCCUGGCUGCUGCGGGAGAAGGUCGACUCCCUGCCCAGUGACUGGAAAGCCACCAGGACCGGCCGCAAUGUCUUCAUUCGGAUAGGCUGA